GACCGCCUCUAGUUUAUAGCUGAAGACACCCAACCUGACCUGCUGCUAUAGCACACCUGUACUCACACCUGCAGCUCACCUGAUACAGGAAGUGAAGAUGGCGCUGGUAUCUCAGUUUCUGGGUCAGCUCUCUCUGGGUCACGGAGCGCUGAGAGAACCUCGGUAUCCCACUGUGUUCCCGGCUCGAGACUUCGAUGCAGAGAGAGACGCGUCCUGGAUCGACACGGCCAUUAAAACUAAAGGUGUGGAUGAGCACGUCAUCAUCGACAUCCUCACACGACGCACCUACAGACAGAGGAGAGAGAUCGCCUUCGAGUACGAGAAGAAGGAGAAAAAGGAUCUGGUGACGGCCCUGAAGGCGGCGCUGUCGGGUUCUCUGGAGAACGUGAUUCUGGGAUUGAUGAAGACCACCACUGAGUUUGAUGCCUCUGAGCUCAGAGCUUCCAUGAAGGGUUUGGGCACUGAUGAGGAGAGUCUGAUUGAGAUGGUCUGCUCUCGCAGUAACGAGGAGCUCGUGGAGAUAAAGAGGGUUUACAAAGAGAUGUUUAAGAAGGAGCUGGAGAAGGAUGUGGCUGGAGAUACAUCUGGAGAUUUUGCGAAGCUGCUGCUGGCCCUGGUCCAGGCUAGGAGGGAGGAGCCGGGUAAUGUGGUGGACUAUGAGAAGAUCGAUAACGACGCCCGAGCUCUGUAUGAGGCGGGGGUGAAGAGGAAGGGAACUGAUGUGAUCACCUGGAUAAACAUCUUCUCAGAGAGGAGUGUCCCACACCUGAGGAAAGUGUUUGAGAGGUAUAACAGCUACAGUCCGUAUGAUAUAAAGGAGAGCAUCCGAAAAGAAGUGAAGGGAGAUCUGGAGAAAUCCUUCCUUACAUUAGUUGAGAGCUUUGAGAAUAAGCAGCUGUAUUUUGCGAGCCGGCUGAACGAGGCGAUGAAGGGUAAAUCAGUGAAGGAGAAAGUUCUGACCCGGAUCCUCGUCUCCCGCUGUGAAGUGGACCUGAUGAAGAUCCGCUCAGAGUUCAAGAGACACUUCUCUAAAUCCCUCUACCAGACCAUCUCCGAGCAGACUAAAGGAGAUUAUCAGAGGGCUCUGCUAAAUCUGUGUGGAGGAGACGACUGAACACUGCUGAACUACAAUUCCCACAAUCCCCUGCAGCAGUUUAUAUUUCUACUGUAGUUCACUGUAACCCUGAGAGGAGUUAUGUAUUAUAUAUUCUGUUAUUAAAAUAAUUCGUCUGAUUA